GGCGGGAGCGCUUCGACGGGUUCGCGCCGGGGAGCUUCCAGAACGUGUCGUCGGGCAUGGCCUACUUCCCCUCCCAGGACCGGGUGGGCCACAUGAGUCCGGAGCAGAGGGAAGGGCUGGACCGCAUGCUCACCUCGGAAACCGUGAGCCGCUACAUCGCGCAGUCGGGCGUCGACCCCAAUAAAAUCUUCUUUGCUCCACCCACUAUAUUUGGUGGCGCGGAUGGGGACCGCAGUGAGCCGAAUGACUCUGUGAAGAUGGACGACAUGGGGCCACUGCAUGAGGCAGCAUGCACGGGGAAAAUUGAGACAUGCCAAUACUUGGUGGAGCAGCUUGGGUUUGACAUCAAUACUGAAGCUAAUGAUGAUUCAGGCAUGACACCUUUGGCUUGUGCGGUGUUGCGUGAUAAAUCAGUUACUGUGGAGUAUUUGCUUGACAAAGGUGCUAAUCCCAAUAAGCAAGACAACAAAAGAUUUACUCCUCUGCACUACGCUACAAAAGAAGGGAAUAACCGACUGGUACGACUCUUGCUGUCGAAAGGAGCUAGUGUUGAUGUAUUCUCUUCUGAAGGGACACCACUACAUGUUGCUGCCUCUUAUGGGAAGUCUGGCAUCAUACAGAUUUUAUUGCAGCACAAUGCAGAUCCGAACACGGUUUCGGCAGAUUUAGGCACACCGAUGACUGCAGUUCUUUGUGUUGCUUCUGGAAGAAUUACUGAGUCUGAUGCUUUAAAGUGCAUGAAGCUCCUUGUCAAGGCUGGUGGCGAUUUGAAUUGUGUAAAUCCUGACACUCCAUUGGUAAUAGCAACUAGCAAAGACUUAUCUGAGUGUGUUGAGUAUUUGCUGGAGGUUGGCGCAGAUGCCAAUAUUCCAAGCAAUCAAGGCCGUAUGAUACCAAUAGAAAUUGCUGCAAACUCUGGAAGAAGAAAGCUUGUUGAGACUCUGUUUCCUUUCACUUUACCCAUUCAAUCUGUGUCAAACUGGAGUGUUGAAGGAAUCAUUGCCCAUGCAAAGUUAAGGCAAUCAAACAAGGGUAAGCAAAGUGAUAAAGACAGCAACAUUCAGCUGAAAUUAAAUGCAGAAGUAACAACCAAGAAAGAAGACUCUGGUGCACCAAAGAAGCACUGUGCCAAGGACAAGGGAGGUGAUAAAGAUAAAAAGGCUGAACUGAAAUUACUCAGUGCAAAAGCAGUCGAGCGGAAGGACUACGCUGCUGCAUUAAAAUUCUACAGUGAGGCAAUCAAAGUGGAUCCUGAAGAUGCAACGCUGUAUUCCAACAGGAGCCUUUGCCAUCUAAAGAGCGGCGGGGCGCAUGAUGCUUUGGCUGAUGCCAUUGCAUGUGUAAAUCUGCAGCCUGAUUGGGCGAAGGGUUACUAUCGGAAGGGAGCUGCCCUCAUGUCGCUGAAGGAGUGUAAAGAAGCGUGUGACGCGUUCCUGGCUGGAGGGAAACUGAAUCCUGCAAGCGUGGAGAUUCACGACGCAUUCUGGGAGGCGGUCGAGGCAAUGAAGAAGCAACAUUCGGAUCGACAAAGCGCGGGCCCGGUCUGAGCAGAGCCUUCGUGGGCGAGUUCAUGCAUGCUUCGGUUCGGCGGUGCUCCUCUCGGGCUUCCCUUCUCCCUGCCUUUUGGUUCUAAACACAGGGAGGAGUGGUGUUGAGCCGUGAAUGCUCGGUUCUUUUAAAAUGUGCGUAACGUCCCGUAGCACGUACGUUUAUAGAUCAGUAAAGUAGUGAUCUAAACACUCUUAUAUUUCUUUAUGGAGGGAGUACUUGCGAUGGACGAAGUGGUUUUCUCUUUACCGAUACUCUAGGUUGCAUGAUGAAGGCAUGACAAGUGCAAGUGUGUUCUGUUCCUGCAGAAUAGUUAUAGACCA